CAAAAACGUAUCUGCUCGAAAGUUUCAAAAACGACAGAGAGUGAAAAAGCAAAAUCACUCUCAAGAACCAAUGAAUAGAGAACGGUGCUAAGCAUAGUUCUGAACACGAUUGCCAAAAGAGUUACUUACUUCAGCAACUUUAUCCAAGAAGAAAAGAAGAAGAAUAUGGAUCAAGAAAUCGGCGAACCUUCGACGUCUCCUCCGCCACAGCUGGAUUCAGUUGUGCCUGGUGGUGGUGAGGACGGUUCUCAAGCACUAGAACUACAACAUGAGGACAGACCCUUCGAGAAGUCUUCAUCCUCAAAACCUCCAUGCCUAACAGUUGCCUUCACGACCUACUUCUUUCUCAAUCUCUUCAUCGCGACCAGUGUUUGCGCAACUAUCAAUGGUCUUCUCGCUUGGGUCAUGUACUCACCGGAAGCGCAAGAAAAAUUCACUCACGAAACCAGUGUGUGGUCACUAGGGGUUCAAAAUGCAUUGGCUGGAGACGUGCUAGUGACAGUAUUGGUCAUGUGUGUCGUAACGUUGUGUCUGAGUGGAGGAAUAGUGAUGGCGGACAGACGGAACAAUAUGACAGGGAAAGGACCGAUUAGGAUCGUCGACAGGACAUGUGCUUACCGAAGAUGGCUGAAGCGGUUCUUUCCGGAGUCAGAGUCCUUUGUUCGGAACUAUGGACCGCGAUUGUACGCAGUUUUAGGACCAUUUGAAGAGAUCGCGACUGGAGCAACGAGUGAGUUCGACUGCCCGUGCUGUCGACCAGCAGAAGGUGCGGGUGGAGAGGAGAGCACUGUAAAAAGCAAAGUAGCGCUGCAACAAGCAGGUGAAGCAAAUAUAGAGCAAUUAACCGCUGCAGGAUCGGACGAGCAAAGAAAACAAUAUUUCGAAGCUGUUUACUCCUUACCCAUAAGAGAAAGAAUCCAGCAACAACUCAUCUCCGCUUUAAAGGUGUUUGGUUUUCUCAUUCCAGUCUUCUGUAUUCCUCUUAUCUUGAUCUUAUGGUUGGUUGUAGAGCUAGCUUCCGAGCAUGAAUGGACGCAAACCUCCAUAACAUACAUGAAGAUCUUUCCCUUUGCGAUACUCGAAUUUUUUCUGCAGGGAAUAGUGGUGUUGACAGGAUUUCAAUAUUCGGAAUUCGAUGUAGAUGAUGGUAACGAUCGCCAUCGCACUAUAACCGAAGAUAGUCUAGGCAGAACAGUCGUGAAAAAAUUAGAGGAAGGUAUCUAA